AUGCCUCGACCGGCCAGGCGCAAGCAAGCAGUGCCUUCCGUUGCUCAGUCCAUUUCCAACUUUACCCGUGUAUCAAAAGUACAAAUCCCCAAUGAUACUGCCAAGAAAAUCACCGAAACUCGAUCUACACCAGUUACCAGGAAGCGAAAGGCGGCCGAAGAUGAAGCAGAUGCGCACCCCAGAACUAAGGCCCGAACUACAUCGUUCGCUCCGAGUAGUGAAGAUGAGCUUGUUACUCCUGUCAAACGCUCUCUUCGACGCCAAGAGUCCGUCAUCAGCCCCGCCACGAAGGAUUUGCCUGCUGGGAAAGGGAAGAGAACAGCCAAAACGACCCCUUCAAGGGCCAAGGCUGCUCAUAAGCCCGUUGGCUCUACGCCUCUUUCCGAAAGCAACCGACAAGGAAAGACUGUGCAAACCAAGCUUGAUGGUGUGUUCAAAAAGCUAGGCAAGCCCGCUGCAGACAAGGAUGCUUUGCCUCCUCAUCUUAGCGAAAUGGUCGACAUUCACAAAGCAUUCGUCAAGACUAUUAUGAUUCAACUUGCUCACAACGGAAAUAACUCACCUAUCGAUUUGCGUACACUCACUCCGCAUGUCUCACAGUCCUGGGGGAAACGCCAAGUUUCCAUAGAAGACAUUCGACGAUGCAUCGCCGUCCAAAGCUCAGCCAAGCACAACGUACACUCCCCUUUCAUGAUUGCGGACUAUGGCCGCGGGAAGAUUUGUGUUGAGCGUUCUUCUGCUGAUAUGGCACCUAUCCACGAACAGCGUCUGCUGAAGCAAUUCGAAAUCAAUCUACGGGCAUUGGCCACCGAACGCUCUGCUGACGACAUGGACGUCGACCUCCCCUUGGGAAACCUCUCGCUGAACGAGCUGCCGCAGGUGGACAUAAAGAACAUGGACAACAGAACUACCGCAAACCCUAUUCUAAACAAAGGACAGCGUGCACUGUCAGUUCUUAAAAACGACAUCGCGAACAAGCAGCAAGAGAAGGAGGCACAACAAAACCUGCCCUCCAACAACAACCCGCUUCUAAACCCGGAUGGUACGAAGAUGAGUCUGCUUGAUCGACUUCGAGCAAAGCAACUGGCCAAGGCCAACGGACCGCUGCCCCCUUCAGGUCCUGAGAUUCAACGCCGCGCAGCCCUCAACCGUGUCGCCGACAUUGCAGCAACCAUCUCUAUGCUGAGCUUGUCCAAUCCAAUGUCUCUGCCACGACAAGCUUUUACCAUGGCAGUGAUCAUGGAGAAGCUCAAAGAUUCUCUCCGUACACCAGUGUCGAAGGAGGAGGGUGCAGAUUGUGUGCGGUUGAUUGCACGUGAAGUUGCCCCUGAGUGGUUACGUGUCGUUACGAUUGGAGGCAGGGAGAACGUGGUUGUUCAGCGCAACAGCCAACCAGUGGAUAGAGUGCUACAAGAUCGUGUACAGAAGCUGCUGGGUUGA